UUUAAUUAAACAAACAAAACCCAACUGUUAAAAAAAAAGUUAAUUGAAAUCAAGAAGCAAUGAAACUCAAAAAAAAAAAAAAAAAAAAAAAAAAAACAAAACAAAAAAAAACAAAAGAGAAGAAUUCAAUUCCUUGUUUGCCUUUCCAGCCCCUUUCAAAACCACCCCUCUGCGUGUACGCUGCAGAAUUAAUUAGAUGUAAAGAUAUAUUUGAUCAAUCAUAAGAAACCCCUAUAGCAUUUUCUCCUUUACCUCAUCAUGGUCUAAUGGGAUUCUCUUUUUGAGCCAAUCGAACGCACACCGAAAGAAAAACAAGAGAUAACCACUGAAAAUCACCAACCAUGGGAGAUUCAAAUGAAGUGCACUCUGAAGAGUAUAGGGUAUCUCCAGAAAAGAAUACCAAAAGGAUACUCAAAACACCAGCCCAGAUUAUGGCUUUGGAGAAAUUCUAUAAUGAGCACAAUUAUCCCACGGAGGAAAUGAAAUCAGAACUUGCAGAGCAGAUAGGGUUGACAGAAAAACAAAUAUCCAGUUGGUUUUGCCACAGAAGGUUGAAAGACAAAAGAUUGUCAAAGGAUGAAGCAUUUGACAAAAGAUUGUCAAAGGAUGAAAUGUGUGCUAGUGGCCGACAGGAUAGGUCUAGUGGUAUUAUUCAGGAUCGUGGGAGUGGUUUACGGCAGGAUUCUUGUGGCAGCACUAAACAAGGUGAUUAUAGGAAAGUUGAUCCAAAGGAAGUUGAGAGUCGGAGACUUUAUGGCCACAAUCUUCCUGCUGCUGAUGUGACCUAUGAUCGUACGAGUCGAUACACAGGAAAUGUUAAUGGCACGGAUGAUACAUCCUCAGAAAGUUGCUCAUCUUUGCAAGAUAAGUUAUUUUCUCAAAGUGAAGAUCCUCAUGAUAUGAAAGAUUCUGGCUACGUAGCGCAUAAUGGGGCUAGCAAGUCAUUAAUUCCUAGGGGUGCCAAUAAGAUGCGGUAUAAACCAUCAGGUUACUUGAAAGUGAAGGGUGAAAUUGAAAAUGCUGCCACCACUGCUGUCAAAAGGCAAUUAGGCAAGCACUAUAGGGAGGAUGGUCCACCACUUGGUGUUGAAUUCCAACCGCUUCCUCCUGGAGCAUUUUCAUCCUCAAGUAGGGAUCCAGUCAAUGCAGGAGCAUUCUAUGUUGGAGAUCUUGCUAGGAUUCAUUCUCCUGAUGUUUCUGGAGUUCGUAAGCAAUCCAGUCUCAGCAGUAGAUAUGAAGUAUAUAGUUCCAAGAUGAAUUCCCAGGAUUCAUAUAUGGAAGGGCCAAGCUGUAACCUCAAGAAUGCAUCUGAUUCUCAUGACAAGAAAUCUCACCACCAAUUAAAACGAAAAUCAACUUCUUACGACUAUUCCAAUUCUACCCCUGGUGGGAAGUCUGCCAUGGAUAAGUAUGAUGAUCUUGCAGCUGAAACUUCUAUUCAUAGCAGCAAAAGAAAUUAUAAGUUGAGCGCUAUGCAUGGUGUUGAAGGCAUAGGACCACAUACUGUUUCUAAUCAUCAUCAUCCUGACAGUGGUAAAGCUAUUAGCGAACAGACAGACCCUUGGUUGCAUGACUAUGGCAAUGGCAGCCCUAAUAUUGUCCAAAAGAAUGAUUAUACGUCUAAGUCUUUAAAUUUGAUAACUGGGUUCAGUAAAUCUCUUGAUGCAGAGGAAAGAGUUCUAUCUACGAUUACGGAAAAGGAGAAGCCUUAUAGAGAAAUAAAGGGAACAAAAGAAUAUCGAGACACAGUUAGGGUGAGGAUGCAUCCAACAAAUGAAAUGACUAUUUCGAAGAGAUUCAGAGCUGAGUUUUCGCAGCAACAAUAUGUGACAAAAGCAGCAUUUCCUAAUGUGCCCCGAAAGACAAAUUCAAAUAAAGGAUCUGCCAUAGACAGGCCAUCCAGUUUCAGUGAGGAUGAAACUGCAGAAACUAGUUCCUCUGUGGAUUGAGGAGCUGACCGUUGAUAGAUGUGGAAAGUUAUAAUGGGUUCCUGAGAUCACCUUGUUGGUAGAUAGGAUUACCCAUUUUUACCAGCCAAAGUUGCUAUAAUGUUGUACAGUAGAAAGAGGUGGUGUUUCAUAUGCUAACAUGGAAACCUCUUGUGAACAUUGCAAUCUGGAGUGAAGUUUUUAAGCUCAUUGAGGCAGCUAAUUGCUGUUAUCCUCAAAGUGGUAGCCUGUGUAUAUUUCUGUACAAAUUCUUUUUUAAUCAUGCUUUCUGGAAGAAAAUGUACUCUGAUGAAUUCUGAUUGUAAAUCUGAUCAGUUAACCGGAUCAAGUAGAAGGCAGUGAUGACAGAACAAUUAUGAAUCCA